AUGGGCGGUGGAAGAUGGCUGCCAUAUAUGGAAGGAAAUAUUAGAGUUUUAAAAAUUUGGUCUGAUAUAAUUAAUGCAGUUAGAUCUCAGCCUGAACUAUUCAAUUUCUACCUUGAUAACUCCAUAAAUCAGUUGGGAAAUGAUAGGAGAGCUCAAUUUUGGCUAGAUAAAUGGUCAGGGGACUUGUGUCUUAAGAUUGAAUUUCCUAGACUAUUCUCUCUGUCCACUGAUAAGUAUGGAAUAGUUUUUGACUUUUAUACCAGAAGAGGAAGGCAGCAGGACUGGAAUCUGGAAUUUAGGAGGCCUUUGUUGGCUUGGGAGGAAGAGGAGGUCAUAAGUCCAGAUGUUUGGAAGUGGAAGGUUGAUCCAUUUGGGUUGCUCUCUGUUGCGUCAAUGUACAAAAGAUGUGAAUUAUUCUUGGGGCCUGUUAGGAAUAUGACAGUGGCAGUUUGGCAUAACUAUGCUCCACCUAAAGUAAAAUUCUUUGGGUGGUUGGCAUGGCAAGGCAAGGUGAAAACAUCAAGUUUCCUGCAGAGAAUAGGGAUCUUAGAAGUGAAUGCAGAUGUGGGUUGUGCUUUCUGUCAAGAUGAGGUAGAAACAGUCAAUCAUAUCUUGCUUUUUUGCCCUUCUGUUUGGCUGUUGUGGUCUCAUAUUAUGAAACGGUGGGGCGUACAGUGGGUUAUACCAAACUCAGUGCAAGGACUGUUACAGUGGUGGUCGUUCUAUAAGAUGAAAAAGAUUCAGAAGCCGCUAUGGAAGGUUGUGCUUUUGGCUAUCUUUUGGUCCAUAUGGAAGCAUAGAAAUGAAUGUGUGUUUAAUGGGUUGCGGCCAAAUUUUGAAGAUCUAUGUGAGCCUGUCAAAGUAAGAAUAGCUUUGUGGGUCAAAUCAUCCCCAGCCAAAGUGGAGUUCUCUAUUAAUGAUGUAGUCUUAAACUCACAGCAGGUCCAAUAUUGUAUUAUGCAUAGAAGUUGA